AUGAAGUUCACCACUGCUAUUGCUACUGCUGUCCUCGCCAGCGCCGCGUUGGCUGCUCCGGAGAGCAAGCUCGCAGCUCGUGUCAAGGCCCGUGAGGCGGGCACGCGAGGCUCUCGCCCCCUCGAAACUGUCCAGAAGCCGGCUGGCAUCACCGACAAGAAGAACGUUCAGUAUAGUUCCAACUGGUCUGGUGCUGUCCUAGAGAAUCCUCCCUCUGCGGCGGCCACCUACACUGCCGUCACCGGUACUUUCACGGUCCCUCAGCCCACUGGCAGUGGGUUUGGAAGCUCCUCUGCCUCCGCAUGGGUUGGUAUCGACGGUGAUACCUACAGCGAGGCCAUUCUCCAGACCGGUGUCGACUUCACUGUGACCGAUGGUGAGGCCUCCUUCGAUGCCUGGUACGAGUGGCUCCCCGAUUACGCCCACGAUUUCAGCGGCAUUGACAUCUCGGCCGGUGACGAAAUCGUCGCCAUUGUCGAGUCCCACUCAUCGACCAGUGGGAUCGCCAUCAUCGAAAAUAAGAGCACUGGCCAGAAGGUGACCAAGGAGCUUAGCUCUUCGUCUCCUCUGGGUGGAAUCAAUGCCGAGUGGAUUGUUGAAGAUUUCGAGCAGGACGGCUCCCUCGUUGACCUCGUUGACUUUGGCACCGUCACCUUCACUGGUGCCGUGGCCAAGGCUGCCGGCGGCGAAAGCGUUGGUGUCUCUGGUGCCACUGUCAUUGACAUUGUGCAGGGCAGCAAGGUGGUCACCGAUGUCCGCAUUGACAGUGACUCUCAGGUUACCGUUUCCUACGUUUAG